AUGGCGCACGGUCCAUCGCACGCACGUCGGUCUCUACCGCUGCUACCACUUCUCAUCCACGCGUGCCUCCUCCUCCGCGCUCCGGCGGCCGUGCGCGCCGAGCGGACGGGCUACAUUGUCCACAUGGACAAGUCGGCCAUGCCGGCGCACCACGCCGACCACCGCGACUGGUACGCCGCCGCCGUCGCAUUUGUAACCGACGCUUCCGCGGACGGGCGCGCCGAGCCACAGCUCCUCUACACUUACGACGAGGCGCUCCACGGCUUCGUGGCGACCUUAUCCGCCUCCGAGCUCCGCACCCUCCGCGCCACGCCGGGCUUCGUCUCGGCGUACCCGGACCGCCGCGCCACGACGCUUCACGACACCACGCAUUCCAUGGAGUUCCUUGGUCUCAACUCCGCCAGCGGGCUGUGGCCGGCGGCCAAGUUCGGCGAGGGCGUCAUCAUCGGCAUGAUCGACACCGGGGUGUGGCCCGAGAGCGCGAGCUUCAACGACGCCGACAUGCCCCCGGUCCCGUCCCGGUGGCGCGGCACGUGCGAGCCGGGCGUCCAGUUCACGCCCUCCCUGUGCAACCGGAAGCUCAUCGGAGCGCGCUACUUCAACAAGGGCCUGGUCGCCGCGAACCCGAGCAUCAAAAUCUCCAUGAACUCGACGCGCGACAUGAACGGCCACGGCACGCACACGUCCUCCACGGCAGGAGGCAGCCCGGUGCCGUGCGCGUCCUACUUCGGGUACGGGCGCGGCACGGCGCGCGGCGUUGCCCCACGCGCCCACGUCGCCAUGUACAAGGUCAGCUGGCCCGGGGGGCGGUACGCGUCCGACGUGCUGGCCGGCAUGGACGCGGCCAUCGCGGACGGCGUCGACAUCAUCUCCAUCUCCAGCGGCUUCAACGGCGUGCCGCUGUACGAGGACCCCGUGGCGAUCGCCGCCUUCGCCGCCAUGGAGCGCGGCAUCCUCGUGUCGGCCUCUGCAGGAAAUAAUGGGCCGCGCCCCGGCACCCUGCACAACGGCAUCCCGUGGCUUCUCACCGUCGCGGCCGGCACGGUGAAUCGGAAGAUGUUUGCCGGCACGGUGUACUACGACGACAUGCGAGGUAGCAUCGGCGGCGUCACCACGUACCCGGAGAACGCUUGGAUAGUGUACACGAGGUUGGUGUACAACGACAUCGUAUCAGCGUGCGACUCAAAAGAGGCGUUGGCGAAUUCAACGACCGCUAUAGUUGUGUGCCGCAACACGGGGGAUCUGGUUGAGCAGCUGAAUACAGUCGCGGAGGCCGGGGUCGCCGGAGCCAUCUUCAUCUCAGACGAUGCCGAUUACCAUGACUCCAUGCCUCUCCCGGCUGUUAUUAUCAGCCCAGAAGACGCACCAGCGCUGCUGAGCUACAUCAACUCCAGCACGGUCCCAACGGCCGCCAUGAAGUUCCAGCAGACGAUCCUCGGCGCACGGCCGGCGCCGGUGGUCACCUCCUUCUCAUCUCGGGGACCGUCGCCGAGCUACGCCGGCGUGCUCAAACCAGACAUCCUGGCACCAGGAGACCACAUCCUCGCGUCCGUGGCGCCGGUGCGCCCGUUCGCGAUGGUAGGCCAAACACAACUGACCAGCAACUUCCUGGUCGCGUCCGGGACGUCGAUGGCUUGCCCGCACGCCAGCGGCGUCGCGGCGCUGCUGCGUGGGGUGCACCCGGACUGGAGCCCGGCCAUGAUCAAGUCGGCGAUAAUGACCACGGCGACCGCGACCGACAACACGAACAAUCCGAUCACGGCUGCUGGCGAUGGGAACGCAACCGUCGCGAGCCCCCUGGACAUGGGCUCAGGCCAUGUCGACCCCAACGCUGCCAUGGACCCGGGGCUGGUGUUCGAUGCCGGGCCGGAGGACUUCGUCGCGCUCCUCUGCGGCGCCAACUACACCACCGCCCAGAUCAUGGCGAUCACGAGGUCGUCGACGGCGUACAACUGUUCCUCCGCGUCCAGCGACGUGAACUACCCAUCCUUCGUCGCGAUCUUCGGCGCGAACGCCACCUCCGGCGACAUGCGGUUCAAAAGGACGGUGACCAACGUCGGGGCUGCCACCGCGGCGUACCGUGCGGCUUGGGUGUCGCCGAGCAACGUCGAGGUGGCUGUGUCGCCGGGGACGCUGAAGUUCAGCACGGUGGGGCAGACGGCGACGUUCGAGGUGGUUAUCAAGCUCUCGGCGCCCACCGGCGGCGAGCCUGCUUUCGGGGCCGUAGUUUGGGCCGAUGUCAGUGGCAAGUACAGGGUGAGGACUCCUUACGUGGUACUUUAGUUUUGCUGUUUUCCGAAACCCCUUUUUCCUACUCCUAUGUGCACAGCAUGGCUGCGUACGUCCAGUGUUCAUAAAAAUAUCACUCUACGAUCCUGUUGCUGGCAUUGUUCUUGGAAUCUUGCCUGUCAGCACUACUAUGAGAAACAUCUAGACUGUCUAGAGGCCAAAAGGGUUUGGUGCUACUGUCCUUGGUGAUUAAUGGCUGUCCGCAUGGCACGGGCCCGAUACCAUCGAAACAGUUGAGCAACGAGGCAGGGCAGCUUUCAGUUAGCCUGAAAGAACGGCCCAGGGACAGGUAAUUCUUCCCCUGAAUCCUGUGGCCGUUCCAAACAUAUUAUGAACAUGCAAUGUAAAGUGUCAAACGUGACAUUACAGAAGUAUCAGAUUCUAGGUAAGGUGCCUGGCAACCCUGGGGCUAUCUCUUUUCGUUCAGACCAGCAAGACUUGAAUCAGAUUCUAGGUGUCUCUGUACUUCCCUUUA